AUGAGGCGAUGUAGGAGAGAAUGCCUCCUCGCGCCGUGGCCGUGCAUCAUCUCCUUGCUGCUCAUCAAACCAACGGUCUGCCAAGGAUUGCUAGUUGGUGCAAGCGACAUGAUGUCGCCCCCUGCGCUGACACCUCCCUUCAUCAAGCAAGUAGACGACUGGGUGGAACACGCAUGGCUUAAGUGUGGAUUAGACAAGAAAAGUCUUCAGGAUGUUAAAACCUACUUCAACUACAACCAUGUGCUUGACAUUCUCCAUAGGAUAUCUGACAAUAAGGACACCUCCCCUGUCAUUGAACAAGGCACCAGUCCAUUGACAUCAGAAAUCAAGCAAACGUUGCUGAUCUGUCUAAGCAAACAGAGUUUUGAGGUCACAAAAAACCUGCCCGAUGGUUAUAUCAAAACACUUAUCGCCGCAAUACGAAGAGAUCUGACUCUGGGAAUUAUUGCAAAUCAGGCAGUAAAACCUGCCACAGGGAAACCAACUGACAGUGUUUCAUCAGAAACAGCUCCUGCGAAAAAGGCAGUGCCAGCAACUGAAUCAGCAGCAAAAAAGGACAGUGAUCAGGGUGAUGGCAUGUCAACUACCACUAUCAUUGCGAGUUCUACGUCUUCCCAUGUAAACCAAAUAGAUGUGAAUAAGCUGGGAGCAUUGCCACUGAAAUCAGAGACUGGUCAAAAUGGAUAUGUGGAUCAAAGUUUACAUGAAAGCGCAGACAAUGAUCAAAAUGGCUAUGUGAAACUAAGCUCACAGGAAGUCCCACACACUGGUCAAAAUAGCCAUGUAGAUCUAAACUCACAGGAAGGCCAAAACACUGGUCAAAAUAGCCAUGUGAAGCUAGGCUUACAGGAAAGUGCAAACACUGAUCUGGCAGGCUACAACAGUUCAUCCGAAACAAUGGCUGAUUCUGUUAAUUCUGUGCAAGGAUCAAUACCAGUGCCUCAACAAGCAGUGUCAUUGCCACCUAUGGUACCUGCACCUCCAAAGGCUCUUCCUCCACCAGCUUCUCAAGCACCUGCAUCGCCUCCAAAAGCUUCUCCAGUUCCUCCCUCAGGACCCUCGCCGCCACCAGCUCCAAAAGCUUCCGCGGUUCCUCCUACAGGACCAUCACCACCACCUGCUCCAAAAGCUGCACCUCCGCCGCCACCAUCAAAAUCUAAUGGACCUCCCCCGCCACCAUCAAAAUCUAAUGGACCUCCCCCGCCACCAUUAAAAUCUAAUGGACCUCGCCCACCAGCAAUGCCUGGUUCCUCACGUCCACCACCUAUGAAGAAGUCAGGAAAUAAGGCAGAUGCUGAUGCAGAUUCUAGUGAAGCUAAAACAAAGCUUAAGCCCUUCUUUUGGGAUAAAGUAACAGCAAAUGCUAAUCAAUCAAUGGUGUGGGAUAACCUAAAAGCCGGAUCAUUCCAGUUUAACGAGAACGCUAUUGAAACCCUUUUUGGUUUUAACGCUGACAAGAAGAGUGGUGAUGCCACAAAAGAUUUAAAGACAAAGAAGGCGACCCAAUUAGUGAGGAUACUUGAUCCUAAAAAAGCGCAGAACCUGGCUAUAUCAUUAAAGGCGUUGAGUGUUUCAGCUCAGGAAGUAUGUUGUGCAGUUAAGGAAGGAAAUGAACUUCCAUCCGACUUGAUACAGACCUUAAUUAGAUGGAUCCCGAGUAGCGAUGAGGAGCUCAGACUUCGACUAUAUACUGGGGAACUCUCACAGCUUGGUCCUGCAGAGCAAUUCUUAAAAGCAAUCAUUGACAUUCCUUAUAUCUACCAGCGUCUGGAUGCAUUACUAUUCAUGUCCAGUUUACCAGAGGAAGCUUCAGGUGUAAAGCAAUCUUUUGCCACCUUAGAGGUAGCUUGCGAUGAGCUUAGGAACAGCCGUCUUUUCUUGAAGUUACUGGAAGCUGUCCUUAAAACAGGAAACCGAAUGAAUGUUGGCACGUUCCGUGGAGAAGCCCAGGCGUUUAAACUAGACACUCUCCUUAAGCUGUCUGACGUCAAAGGAACUGAUGGGAAGACAACGCUGUUGCAUUUUGUUGUUCAAGAGAUAAUCCGUUCUGAAGGUGUCCGUUCAGCACGGGCUGCAAAAGAGCAGACCAGCAGCGGAUCCAGUACUGAUGACAGUGCUGAAAAUACUGAAGACGAAUACAAACAGAUAGGUCUGCAGGUUGUGUCCAGUUUAGGAGAUGAACUUCAGAAUGUCAGGAAAGCGGCAAUCCUUGAUGCAGAUCAGUUGACUAUGUCCGUAGCAAGUCUCGGCCACAAGCUUGUCAAAACCAGUGAAUUCUUGAACACAAGCAUGAAAAGUUUGAAUGAGGAGAGCGGGUUUCACCACAAGCUUGUGCGUUUCGUAGAGAAGUCUCAAGCUGAUGUUACAUCCCUGCUAGAGGAAGAGAAGAAAAUACGGACCUUGGUAAAAGGUACUGUCGAUUUCUUCCAUGGGAGUACAGGAAAGGACGAGGGCCUUCGGUUAUUUGUCGUAGUGCGAGAUUUCCUCGCAAUGCUAGACAAGGUAUGCAGAGAGGUGAAAGAAACAUCAAAAGUAGCAGCUCCAAAGAAAACAAAGCCAGGAGGUAAUCUGCCUUCCCAACCACCGAAGUCAUUUCAAGACUCCCGGCGUAAUCUCUUUCCAGCUAUUCAAGAUCGGAGGGCAGAUAGUUCAAGCUCUAGCUCUGAUGAUGACAGUUAG